AGCGAGCCUCGCAGCGCGAGCUACUCACAUCCUGCUUAUAAAUAUUAAUGAGAAUGGGUCAGGGCUCCUGUGAUUGGCCCUUCUGCUUAGUUUCCAGGACAACCGAAACAAAACGAACAGUUUCAUUGACCACAGAACUGCACGAGCCUUACCUCUGUAUACAAAGUAAAUAUUAUUAAAAAUGGACAAAGAGGCGGGAGAGGGAGAAAAUAAGGUAAGAAUUCACAGUGACAGAGACACAGAGGAGUAUUUUAUUUCUGUUAGUGGGGAUAAAAAUGAAGCUGUCUCAGCUGAAAUGCCCACAUCAGACCCUGAAGAAAAGCACUGUGACAGCGGGAAAGUCACAGAAGAGUUCUCUGCUGAAGAGGCCGCCACUUUUGAACCAGAAGCCAAAAGUGAAGAUGAGCUCUGCACUGAGUUUGAUGUGAUGAUUAAAGUCAAAGAACAGCCACUGUGCCACAAAGAAAGUGUGGUUUCUGAGAUGAACAGCACUUACCACGAUGACGCUCUGAAGCUACAUCCUGAGACUCAGGAAACGGAGAUCUCCAGCCCUCUACACCACGAAGAUGAAGAGGCUGAAAAAGAGGGAGCCACAUCUGCAUGUGCACAAAAACUAAACAUAAAGUACAAAGAAUAUAGACCGCUCCUCCAGGAGGUGUCCAAGGAGCGAGAUAAGGCCAGGCAUAACAGCAGCCAGCUGCAGAUGAAACUGGCACAAUACUUCAAGAAGGCUGGGGACAGUGUCCAGCUGGAGGGCGAGAAGCCUGUGUCAGAGCAGCUGCAGGAGUACGAGAGGUACAUCAACAUCCUGACUGACCUGAAGCAGCAGCUCCGUGCUGAAUCAGAGGCAGCCCAGCGUCAGGCAGAGGACCUGAGGCUACAGUCCCAGGAGCAGCUGGGCAAGGUGGAAGAUGAAUGGCGAGCACUGAUGGCACUGAAACAGGAUACAGCUGUGAAGAUGCUAAGCAGACGCCUGGGUAAAGAAGCAGCUCGGGCCAAAGUGGAGGCGUCUCUGCGAGCUGAACAGCUUCGGCAGGAUGAGCUGAUCAAACUGCGGCUGAAGCACAUCAAGUUGAAUAUGAAGAUUUGCAAGCUGGAGGCAGAGCUCCGCCAUGGGGAGGAACAUGACAGGGACCCCAUACAGAUCCAGUUUGAGCAGCUGCAGGCUGAGAAGCUAGAGCAGAAAAAACAAGCCGAAAAGCAGCACGAGGGAUCAGUAAAGCUGCAGAAGAAGAUCAGCAGUAGCUUGGAGUGCCUGUCACAUAUAAAGGAGAAGCUGCGCUGGUGCCAGAUGGAGGUCAAGGUGAAGAGAGAGCAACUGACUGAGGUGGAGGCCGUGGUGGCUGGGAAGAGGGACCACCUAACCAGGGUCAAGCAAGAAAACAGUCGCCUGCACAGACAAAACCUGAGGUUGAAGGAGCAGCGUGGGCUGCUGGGCAACAGGGUCCUGCUGCAGGACUUUGAGGAUACUGUGAAUGCCUCUGACCAACUGGAGGAACAACUAGAGCAUCUGAAGUGCCGGCAAGCCGAGAUCCUCUUCAGCUGUGGCGAGUGGAAGAGUCAAUAAUGACUAAAACUUUAUCUCAGGUUUCAAAAAGCUAUGAAAAAAAUGAGAAAAGAACACAUGUAGCUGACAAGGAGCUACCAGGAAUGAGAACGAGCACUAGCCCUUAGAGUUUGUUUCAGUGUAGAGUCUCACUGUAAACUAAGCCUGCGUGCAGUAAAACUUGGAAAACCAUAAUCUGGAUAAGAAGUCAUGGACGGCAUCCUCUCAAAAAAGAUUAUCAUCUUAGAUAAGGUGACUCAGACAUGUUGAAUGCAAUCUUAAAAACAUUGAUAGAAAUAAAGAUACAUUUUUGUGCAGUUUUUGUAUUUUAAUAUGAAAAUUUACUUUUUUUUUUACCAGAAGGUUUUAGUGUAUUUGUCCUGUAGUAAAAAGAAAAAUAAUUUAAUUUAAUUUUACAAAGAAAACGUAGUAGCGGUUAAUACUGUUACCUCACAACUAGAAGGUUGUAUAUUUAUAGUUCAUGGCUGGCUUCAGCUUCUGUGUGAGAAUAAUUGGUGAUUUUGAAUUGCCUGUAGGUGAAGAUGUGAGAGCGACUGGUUGUCUGUCUUCUCUGCCACAUGUGGAACGGGCUCUGCUGAAUCAACGUUUCAUACUUCUUAAAUGUUACCUUGACAUCUUUGAUAGACUUUCUAGCCAGAAAGUUUGUGUUCAGCAAUAUUUAAUCCAACUAUUUAUGGAUUAAAAAGACAAAAAGACUUUGACAGCAA